CCCAAGAUGGCGGCGCUCAGGGCGACGCUCUUGAUUUUGUUCUGAGGAUAAAGAAGACGGAAAGUCCUACGUUAUGUCCAAGCUACACCGGGCCACUCGGGCCCUCAGGAAGCCUGAGGCCGGCGGUGUGAUCCGGACCAUCGUCCGAGCAGGCCAGGCCAUGCCCGGGCCCCCACUGGGUCCCAUCCUGGGUCAGCGUGGUGUCUCUAUUAACCAGUUCUGCAAGGAGUUCAAUGAGAAGACAAAGGAUAUCAAAGAUGGCAUUCCUUUGCCUACAAAGAUUUUUGUGAAGCCUGACAGGACAUUUGAGCUCAAGAUUGGACAACCCACUGUAUCCUACUUCUUGAAGGCAGCUGCUGGAAUUGAGAAGGGAGCCCGGGAAACAGGAAAAGAGGUGGCAGGCCUGGUGACUUUGAAGCACAUAUAUGAGAUUGCCUGUGUCAAAGCUAAGGAUGAUGCCUUUGCCCUGCAAGAUGUGUCCCUGUCCUCUGUUGUCCGUUCUAUUAUUGGCUCUGCCCGUUCCCUGGGCAUUCGUGUGGUAAAAGACCUCAGUGCAGAAGAGCUGGCAGCUUUCCAGAAGGAACGAGCUGUGUUCUUGGCUGCUCAGAAAGAGGCAGAUUUGGCAGCCCAGGCAGAAGCUGCCAAGAAGUGACCCCUGCUUUCCAUAAUCCAGGAUUUUGAGGGAAGCAGCUGGGAAGGGGUGCAGUUGAGAAUCAUGCCAACAUGAUUAUUAUUUUCCUGAAUUUAUGUAUUUUUACACACAUAACUGUCACAGUAUUGAGCCUAAAUAAAUAUCCUUUAUUACCCA